ACUCAAUGUAAAGAGUUGAUGAAGUUAAUAACACCUUCAACGGCUAGAAGCUUGGUGCAAUUGAGAGACAUGAGCAUCUUUAAUUGUGAAAUGCUGAUAGAAAUAGUAGAAAAUGAGGGAGAAGGAGAUGCAACAACAACAACAACUGAAAUUGUUUUUAACAAUUUGAAGAAGUUGUCACUUGAAAACUUAAAUAGUCUAACCUUCUUCUGCUCUGGGAAUUACUCUUUCAAUUUCCCAUCUUUGGAAGAGUUAAUUAUAAAGUAUUGCCCCAAUAUGAAGACUUUCUCUAGAGGAAUUUUAAGUACACCAAAGUUACACAAAAUUGAUUAUGAGAGGAAGGAGAAGGAUUUAGAGAAUAAGGGGAAUGAGCUUAAUACAACCAUACAACAAGCACACAAAACAAAGGUUGACUCUAAUUUGAUGGCAUUGAGAUUAAGUGAAGGGGAUAUCAUACGGAUUUGGCAAGGGGAACUUCCAAAGAAUUCUGGCAAAGUAAAGACUCUUCAAUUGAUAAAGGAUGAAUCAACAAACAUUCCAAUUCAAAUCCUUCAAAAAUUUAGUCGUCUUGAAGAACUCAAACUUCAAGGUAGUUCGUACGAAGAGAUAUUCUCAUGUAAUGAGGAUGAGGAACACGUUAGGACACUCACAAAAUUAAAAGUUCUAGAAUUGUUGGGACUUUUUAAUUUAAAGUAUAUUUGGAAACAAGACUCUCGAUUAAACUCAAUUCUUCAAAAUCUUUAUCGUAUAAAUGUGCAAUAUUGUCACAAUUUGACUACUCUGUUGCCAUCUUCAUCGUCUUUCGAAAAUUUAAGUACUUUGAAGGUGAAGUAUUGUAAUGGAUUUAGAAACUUAUUGUCAUCCUCAACAGCAAGGAGUCUAGUGCGACUAGUUGAGUUGGAAGUAGAAGAAUGUGAAAUGAUGAUGGAAGUAUUAGCAAAUGAGGGAGAUACAGAGAACGGUACCAUUGUUUUUGAGAAAUUGGAGGACUUGUACAUGUAUGGAUUAAAAAGUCUCACAUGCUUCUGCUCUGGGAGUUACACCUUAAAAUUCCUGAACUUGGAAAGACUAAAAAUAUAUCGAUGCUCCAAGAUGAAGACUUUCUCUGAAGGAGACUUAAGCAUGCCAAGGUUACAAGAGUUGAACCGUAAAGAUUGUUCGAAGAGUGACCUUGAUACAAUCACACAACAAUUACAAAAUGAUUGUUCAAAGUUUUGUAUGGAAUAUAAAGGAGAAGAAGAGUGAGUUGGAUAGCAAACCAUUAAUGUUCAUCAACACACAGCAAAGUCAUGUGAAAAUGCAGCGAUGGUGAUAGUAGUAGGAGAUACAGAGAGUUAGGCGUCUCCUUCAUUGGUGGCUAACGGCGAUAUGACUCCUGUCAAGUCCGCUCUAGUAUCCGGCUGCCUGGCUUUAGUUUACAGUGAAUUUCAAAUGAGCCGUAUCGACCACGUGUGUCCUCUCCCUUUCAAAAUCGUCUGACGGUCCCGCCUGCUCAAACCACCGGCAGUCCAGUUCAUUUUCGUCGUCUCAA